UAAACGCUUAAUAUUUUAAAGGCGUUUCGAUUUUAUAUGGAAUCUGGAAUCGAAUGAAACAGUUCUGACAUGCACAUACCCAGGAACGGAAUACAAAUUGGAGCUACCAUAGCAGGAACACGUUAACAGGGAGAGAGCCGUCUCGGACAGGGCGCUAGGAGACCCGCCGAGAUAAUUCAACUCUAAUUGCGCUAACUCGUGUCCUGGAACGUUGCCGCUUGUUUCAUUCCAAUAGCAGCAUAGAAACACGGCAAUUCCGAAAGAGAAAGCAAUUUCGAUACCACUGGAAGUUAUUAUAUUUUAUAUUUUGUUUCCUUGAAUGCAAAUUGUCUUCGGUUCACCUGAAGUACAUGACGAAGUGAAGUAUUUUGCGUGUCAGUAUGUGUAUUGAAAAAUGUCAAAGUAUUGUAAAACGGUUUCUGUUUUUAUUCCAAUAGCUGUUGUAUCGGUUUUGAAAGACUGUGGUGCGUUCUGCGCUCGGAAGAGUUCGUGGAGGUGACAACGCUCAGCUGUACAUGUUCUAUAUAUAGGGAGAAUGUUCACACCAGUCAUAUACAAAUCUACAAAUCUCGAGUUAUCGUGGACUACUCUUAACAAGUGUACGGUUAUGAUAAGGAUAUAUUGGAACUUCCAGUCACGAGAAUGAAUGGGCAGAUCAAUGAAAACCAUCCGGACCGAAUUAAACGGAACCGAUGUGAAUACUUCGAGAAGAACACAAUACUGUUAAGCUGAUGACGACGUUGAUACUGAAUGUUCCGAUGCAGUUAACGUAUGAUACCGCUAUAUAUAAAAGUUGAGAGAAGAAAGACUCAAUAUGCAUUCGCUAUUAGAUUCGACCAUUUUUUAAUUACAAUGUUGCUGCUAGUGCUCUUAGAGACAGAUCUGGACAGUGUAUAAUUACCAGAGUCGAAGUUAUAUCUAAGCUGUGCUGGAACAUUUAUGCUUAUUAUGAUGCGAUAUGUGUUAAAGCUUAAACUAGCUACAUUUAGACUUUUAGUGCUGAUUUUUAUAUUAAUGUAUUAGUUGUAUAUGAUAUUAAAUUGUCGCUGGGAGGUAUUAAUACCCCAAGUUGUGUUAAACACGAGACAACCAAGUUUUAACAAGAAAAUUUGGUAAAAAAACAAAACAAAAAAACAAAAAACAAAGCAAAAACGAAGGAACAGGGAAAGGAGGAAGACGUUACUAAGGCGACGGCGGAAUCAUGUUAGCAUUGAGAUACAGAAGGACAUUUCAAAAUCGAAUGUAUAUGUUUCUUUCCAUAAGGACAAAGCUUUAACACAAACCUAACACAAAUGGAAUUCGCCUGAAGAGCGUUAUUUCCAGUAAUAUGAUCUUGAGGUGUGAUGUUAUAGAACUGAGGAAAGGAUGUCUGAAAUAAGAUACGAGUAGAGAUAACCAGGUACGGAUAAUUACGGUUUAAUGAAUCGUGUUUUAACGGUUCGUUGUGCUCCUGCUUUUGGUCGUGACAGAAAAUCGAAAUAAAAAGUGUCAGUGCAGAUAAAGGUACGCGUGGAUGUACAAAACUAACCCAAUUUAAGUCGGAAGUCCGGUAGAUUGUUGUCUUUCUUAAUAUCAACCUAUCUCGGUGCUCCUUGAGAUUAGGUUGGUUUUAUAACAAUCCUGAAGUAUGGAGAACAAGACUGUGAAUCUUAGUUGUCGACCCGAGCCGAAACCGGAACAAAUUUUAGGAGACGGCGUCGUUUCGACACUCGUUAUAAUUUGCCUUUCAAGUCUUCCGGUGUUGACAAUAUUAGGAAAUCUUUUGGUCAUCAUCAUCAUUGUGAGGCGCAGUAACUUCCGACAGAAAGCCAAUGUGUUUGUCGUGUCUCUAGCCAUAGCAGACAUCGCCGUAGCGAUUUUUGUAAUGCUGUUCUCAAUACUGCAAGAAGUGAGUAACAUGGCGUGGCUGAGUGAUCCAAAUAUCUGUCUGAUGGCGUGGAGUUUUGAUGUCAUGUUCACAACCUCGUCCAUCCUGCAUUUGAUGUGUAUGACAAUAGACCGGUAUGUAGCGAUAUGUCUACCUUUCAGAUACCACGACCUUAUCAGCCAAACAUGUGUGGCAACGUUACUAAUGCUGUGCUGGUCAUUACCGGCUGUUAUUUCAUUCGGAUUAAUAUUUGGAAAGGUCCACAUGAUUGGGAUAGAAGAAUACUAUUCUUGUUCAUCAGAGUGCCAUUUCAGAGUAAACGCCUACUAUGCCAUUAUAUGCUCCGUAAUAUCUUUCUACAUUCCUUCGAUAUUCAUGCUUGUGCUAAAUUUUAAGAUUUUCUGGAACGUUCGAGUUCGAACACGACAACUUCGCCAAAUGACAGACGGUUUGGCAGUACAGUCUAAACAAAAGGAACACUUUCUGUUGAGAGAGGCUAGUGUUGCCAGGACAAUAGCUAUAAUGUUGGGUUGUUUCCUCAUUUGCUGGCUGCCGUUUUUUGUAUUCAACAUUAUCGAUCCUCUGAUGAACUAUACAAUAAGUGAGGUGCUGUGGAAAAUAGUAACCUGGUUUGGUUACGUAAAUUCCACAAUAAACCCCUACCUUUAUUAUUUUCGCAACAGAAAAAAUAGGCCCUGUAUUUAUAAAUCUAAUGUAGUGAUGAAAAGAACAGCAAGUUGCAAAGGGCACCAGGUUUAAGUGACAGUAGCACCUCCUUAAAGCGAACAUGGACCAAAAAAAUUCACCCAGAUAGCUGUCCUUACCACACAAACUGUUUGGUUUAGACAAACUUCAAUGUUUAAGCCUAAUCAUAUUAAUCGUGCUUAAUGAUCACGUGUAUAACUGGACUAUACCUUGGUUGUGUCGAUGUAAUAUUCAUCAUGAUGUAAACGAUAUAGAUACAGCGUUCGUUUCUAAUGGAUAUGAAUAUAAUGUGAAUAAACACAAAAACAAAAUUUUCUUUGAAACGAUUUAACAUUUGAUUUCACAGAAUGUCUGUUGAACUACGCCAAAUAGCACAAUUACUAUAUAUUGCCCAUCCCACAUUUUCAAUAAGAAGAGAAUAAAAUG